AUGCCACUAAUUACGCUUUUGCAAAUACUCAAUGUAAUACAUAAGAUUCAAACAUCUCUAGACAUUGCACCUCAGUUAGCAGCUAAUCCUUCUGCGAUACCUACGACAAGUCAAGUGCUCAUGGGUGAAUCAAUUGGCGAGCAGUGCGACCUAUAUAUGUUGUAUUCCACUUCAAUUAUUCAAGCUAUUGCAGCCAUGAAUCCACAAGAAAAGCGACCGCUAUUGUUGGGAAUUGCAUUAAAACCAGUAGAUGACAUAAAGCAACGAAAAGAGAUUUUUAACGCCAUCAUUGAUCAAGUGAUUGCUCAUCCAGUGUGGUAG